AAUCCAACCAUUUAGAGAUACUCGGUUGUUGCUAUCACAGAAGUGGUCCUGGUCUACCUAGACACAACGUCCCACUUUCAGUGUAGUGAGAACAUCAGCAUAGUUUGUUUAGCAAACAUUUACGGUGAACUGAACAUGUGCUGGGCCUGUGCUGUAAGUGUGACCCUCUGCACAGAAGACUGAGAACCCUAAAAAGACAAUGGCCGACCCUUGUCUAGCAUGCUUUCUGACUUGACAUGGCAUCAGUGAUUUAGGAACCUGAGCAUCCUUUGGGGAACCAUCUCUUUCUACCAGUUCAUGCAGUCUCUGAGACUGGCCCCAAACUAACCUAAGAUGUAGGAAUGACCUAGGCUUAUGAAAUCAAUGGAUUUAAUUCCUAGAAUCACAGUAAUUUGUUCAUUUGGGUCAAUCCACACCAACUGCAGGACUUUUGUUUUAAAAAAAAAAAAGGUGGGGAGGGGAGAGGGGCAUUUGUAAUUAAGCAUGAUGUUUAAAAAUCUCUCAGUAAAGACACUGCCACAAUGAAUGGGUCACUAGGUGGGCUCAGUAGAUGGUGACCAUGGUUUAUCUCUGCCUUGUGUAUCACUCUCUUGGCCUUGCAAAACUCUAUUCCAGUCAUUGGUGUUUCUGUCUCUUCCACCAGAUGACCAGCUCUCUAUGGAAGGGAGGAGACAUACCUCCAACAUGCUCGGUCCUAACACAAAAGAAGGACCCAAACAUUCAUCUGCUGAAGGAAUUGUCCUGAUGGACUCAGGUGUCUGGGGCCUCCCACAGUCCUCACUUGUACCCUGGGGUUCCUGCUCUGGGCUGGGACAGGUGGUGGUUCGCUGUGAGUCAGCAGCUGUGGGUACCGAUGCGGUCACUGCACGAUUCUCACACAACCUCCUAGAAGACGUCAUCAGGCUCAGGCAGUGGGGGUGGGGCGCUUUCAUAGAAAGCUAUCCACAAAGAAGUACCGGAAAACAUGAGGUCACUGAGCCCACCCUGUCUCCUCUCUCCGCCCCCACCCCGGGAACUAAAAGAGAGUAAGGAGGAAGCAUCAGCAGCUCCGAGCUGCGCAGUCUUUCCUGGGAAGAUGCAGCCACUUCUGCUCCUGUUGGCCUUCUUCCUGCCCCCCUGGGCAGAGGCAGGGGAGAUCAUCGGGGGACAUGAGGCCAAACCCCACUCCCGCCCCUACAUGGCCUAUCUUCAGUACUGGAAGGAUGGUAUGAAGAGGACAUGUGGAGGUUUCCUGGUACGAGAGGACUUUGUGCUGACAGCUGCUCACUGCCACGGAAGCUCAAUAAAUGUCACCCUGGGGGCCCACAACAUCAAGCAGCAGGAGAGGACGCAGCAGGUCAUCCCCGUGAGAAGAGCCAUCCCCCACAAGGACUAUAAACAGAAGGGCAAUAUCAACGACAUCAUGUUACUGCAGCUGGAGAGAAAGGCCAAGAAGACUGAAGCUGUGCAGCCCAUCAGCCUGCCCAGGGGCAAGGCCCGGGUGAAGCCAGGGCAGGUGUGCCAAGUGGCCGGCUGGGGACAGGAUGCCUCAGGCACUUUAGCAACCACACUGCAGGAAGUGGAGCUAACCGUGCAGCAGGACCAGGAGUGCGAGUCCCUCUUCCGCAGCUAUUACAGCAGGGCCACGGAGAUCUGUGUCGGGGACCCAGAGACCAAAAAAUCUUCCUUUAAGGGGGACUCUGGAGGGCCCCUUGUGUGCAACAACGUGGCCCAGGGCAUUGUCUCCUAUGGACCAAAAGAUAGAAAUCCUCCUCCAGUAGUCUACACCAAAAUCUCAAGUUUCCUACCCUGGAUAAAGAAGACCAUGAAAACCCGCUAACUGCAGGAAGAAAACUAAGCCCUCUCUGUGACUCACCAUCUUCCCUUGAACUAGAUCCACAGUUACCCCAGGCAGGUGCCAGCAACUAAAUAAAGGUCUCUUAGCUGAGUGGAAGGCUGGCUGCUUGUUUAUUCAUUGACCCUCACUCACCUGUGCUAAGCAGGCCAUCGAUGGAUCCUGAUGUUUGCUUUCUCCUCUUCCUUCUCUCCUCGCCACCUCCCCAAACCCCACACAAAGCUGUUACCCGGCUCCUUCUUACCCCAUCCAGUCUCUCUAGGGCCUGCCCUUCUGCAAGGGCUGAAGCUGGGCCCCAUCAGGAGAGAUCAUGGACCCCUCUGGUCCUGGGGCUCGAGAUGAACUCCCUGCUUCCCCUGUGUUAUGUAACAGAUAGAAGGGGAUAACACCAGAGAUUUUU